AUGGAUGACGAUAUCACUACGCUCGUUGUCGACAAAGGCUCCGGCAUGUGCAAAGCCGGCUUCGCGGGCGACGAUGCUCCCCGGGCCGUCUUUCCCUCCAUCGUGGGCUGCCCUAGGCACCAGGGCGUGAUGGUGGGCAUGGGCCAGAAGGACUCGUACAUGGGCGACGAGGCCCAGAGCAAGAGAGGCAUUCUGACCCUGAAGUACCCUAUUGAACACGGCAUUGUCACCAACUGGGACGACAUGGAGAAGAUCUGGCACCACACCUUCUACAACGACCUACGUGUGGCCCCCGAGGAGCACCCUGUGCUGCUCACCGAGGCCCCCCUGAACCCCAAGGCCAACCGUGAAAAGAUGACCCAGAUCAUGUUCGAGACCUUCAACACCCCAGCCAUGUACGGAGCCAUUCAGGCCGUGCUGUCCCUGUAUGCCUCUGGUCGUACCCCUGGCAUUGUGAUGGACUCCGGAGACGGGGUCACCCACACUGUGCCCGUCUAUGAGGGCUAUGCUCUCCCUCAUGCCAUCCUGCGUCUGGACCUGGCUGGCCGGGACCUGACAGACUACCUCAUGAAGAUCCUGACCGAGCGUGGCUACAGCUUCACCACCACAGCCGAGAGUGAAAUUGUGCGUGACAUCAAAGAGAAGCUGUGCUGUGUUGUCCUGUACUUCGAGCAAGAGAUGGCCACUGCUGCAUUCUCUUCCUCCCUGGAGAAGAGCUAUGAGCCGCCUGAUGGCCUGAUCAUCACUAUUGGCAACGAGCGGUUCCGUGCCCCUGAGGCUCUCUUCCAGCCUUCCUUCCUGGAUAUGGAAUCUUCUGGCAUCCACGAAACUACAUUCAAUUCCAUUAUGAAGUGUGACGUCGACAUCCGCAAAGACCUCUAUGCCAACAUAGUGCUGUCUGGUGGCACCACCAUGUACCCAGGCAUUGCUGACCGGAUGCAGAAGGAGAUCACUGCUCUGGCUCCCAGCACCAUGAAAAUCAAGAUCAUUGCUCCUCCCGAGCGCAAGUACUCUGUGUGGAUUGGUGGCUCCAUCCUGGCCUCCCUGUCCACCUUCCAGCAGAUGUGGAUUAGCAAGCAGGAGUACGAUGAGUCCGGCCCCUCCAUUGUUCACCGCAAAUGCUUCUAGGCAGACUGUGACUGGGCUGCCUUUUACACCCUUUCUUUGACAAAACCUAACUUGCGCAGAAAAAAAAAAAAAAAAAAAAAAA